AUGGCGUCGAAUAGCCAGAACUCUGGCAAUAAUGGGCAUCCAUCCAGCCAAAUUCCCCUUCAAGAUCUCUCGAGACCGCCGGAUAUUGUCGCGGCCGAUGAACGGGGCAGAGGUCGCGCGGGAGGCAGUUUGUUCUCGCGUCGGCCCUCGAUCCUCGCGGGAUCGCGGAGGGAUUAUGAAUCGGUCGCCGAGGACUCGCCGACCGCGACCAGGAAUCCUUUUCGACCGACCCCCUACGCCGGGGAGAUCGACGUGAAUUCCCCCAUCGACGACUUGGAUGGCUUCGCGCAAGCCAUGUCCGGCCUCAGCUUCGACGGGCCGGCCACAGCCUCGCUCUCGGGCCCCUCCGCAUCUCGCAGUUUCGACGAUGGUGCCUCCGACCUCGAACACAUCCCUUUAGAUACCUACGAAUCCCACGACCCCGAUCGCUACAUUGCCCCCACUGACACCAACGAGGAUCAUGUUCGAUUGACCGAUCCCCGAUAUCUCCAACCGAUCAGUGGCGCAGCCGGCUCACAGGGACGACAAAGUAACGAUACAAGUGUUCCUUCCAUCAACUUUCCAGAUGGUGCCCGACUGGGUGAUGAUCUUCCUCAUGUCGAGAAUGGGAUGGGCCAGGGCCGCAGUAGCAAGAAUCGGGACCGAUCUCGGUCCUUGUCUCCUUCGGGUUCUGCUGGGGCUCUCCAACGAGCGAGUUCGAUGGUCAAAUCCAUGUCGCAACGAGUGGUCAACUUGAGUAACGAGCCCGAGGUUGUACAACAGUCCAUCGAGAGGGAGGAGUCCUACAAAAAUUCUCGGUUGGAAGGGCCACCAACCCUGCCCGCGCCUGAAUUUGAGUAUGAGGACGGCCCAGACGACGAACUGCCAGGCAGGAGGAAGCGGGCGUCCAACAAACUAUGGCGGAAUCGAAACAAUCCGCUCCGAGGCCGGUCACUCGGCAUCCUGGGACCGCACCACCCGCUUCGACUGUGGCUUUGUGAUAUCCUGGUCCAUUCGUUCACAGAGCCCUUCAUUCUGGCGGUCAUCAUCGUUCAGGCUAUCCUUCUGACCCUCGAAUCAGCGUUACCGGGCAGUACGGAGUCAAUGAAAUGGGGAGCCUCGGUCCUCGACUAUAUAUUUCUCGCCAUUUUCCUCAUUUAUACACUGGAAAUCGGCGCCAAGAUCUUGGUGUCUGGGUUUGUUUUCAAUCCGAAAGAGUAUAGCACUCUCAAUCGAGACCUCGGUAUCAGGAAGGCGGUUGCGGAGAAGGGCAAGAAUCUGAUCACGCCGCAUCGGCACAUGACUACCAAGAAAACAUCGAUAGUUCAUGCAGAACCACAAACCUCGAUUAUACGGACCUUCACUGGGAUGAAUACGCUGGAUGCGGAAGCCUAUGAUGACCCUUUGCAGAAACGCCGUGUCCGGCUUGCUCAUCGAGCCUUUCUCCGACACUCGUUCAAUCGAUUGGAUUUUGUGGCCCUGGUCGCCUAUUGGGUUUCCUUUUUCCUCUCACUGGAAGGCGUGGAGAAGGUCCACCAGCUCUACAUCUUUCGCAUGCUGAGCUGUCUCCGUAUUUUGCGUCUUCUUGCUCUGACUAACGGCACAUCCGUCAUCCUUCGGAGUCUCAAACGUGCAGCCCCUCUGCUGGUUCACGUGGCAUUUCUCAUUGGUUUCUUUUGGCUUCUUUUCGCUAUUAUCGGAAUCCAGACAUUCAAGUCUAGUUUCCAAAGAACUUGUCUUUGGGUCGACCCCGAAGGCCAGAGCAACUUUACUUUGAAUGACCCGUACGGCACUCUCCAAUUUUGUGGUGGCUAUCUGGACAACAAAACUGGAGAUGUAAAGCCCUGGCUCGAAGAAAGCGGAUAUGCAUCACCAUUCGCCAAGCCUAAGGGAUAUCUCUGUCCACAGGGCUCUGUGUGUAUGCAAGGCCCCAAUCCCUAUAGUGGGACCAUGAGCUUCGACAAUAUCCUGCAAUCUCUGGAAAUGGUGUUUAUAAUCAUGAGCUCCAACACAUUUACCAACUUGCUGUACUACACCACCGAUAGCGACUACCUCGCAGCGGCGCUCUUCUUCGCCUGCGGAUUUGUCAUUCUGAGCUUGUGGCUGGUGAAUUUGCUAGUUGCGAUCAUCACCCACUCUUUCCAGGUGAUUCGAGAGGAAAGCAAGCGCAGUGCCUUCGCCGUUCAAAAGAUAGACACCGUGGAAGAAGACGACACCUCGACACGAAAGGUCAGUGCACUCAAGCGGCUCUAUGAUAACACCGAGUGGGUUUGGGUUUUUGUUAUCUUCUUUGGCCUUGUUGUGCAGGCGUUGAGAAGCUCUUCAAUGUCCGAUGACCGAGCUCGCUUCAUUGAUACCACUGAGACCGUCAAACGUCGUAAUUGGACGGACCUUUUUCUCGUCGUCAUUACAUGCAUCAUUCAAAUACCCGCCAUCAAAAAGUCGGGCCGUCCAUACACCGUCCUCACCCUCUUCCAAAUCCUACGGGUCUACCGAUUUGUCAUGGCAUUUUCUGUGACCAGGAACCUCAUCAUGGUUGUAUUUCGCAAUGUCGUUGGUCUGCUCAAUCUCAUCUUCUUCCUUUUCUUGAUGACAUUCCUUGCGUCUAUAUUUGCAACCCAACUUUUCCGAAGUCAGAUCCCUGCUAAGAACCCGAGUGGUGCCUCGACAAGCAUCACCUUUGAAAAUGUUUACAAUUCCUUCCUCGGGAUGUACCAGAUCCUGACAAGCGAAAAUUGGACGGCAAUCCUUUACGAUGUAACUGGUUAUACGGCCUCCUACCAAACCGCGUGGAUCUCUGCGGCGUUCAUCAUCCUUUGGUUCAUCGUGGCCAAUUUCAUCAUCCUGAACAUGUUCAUUGCCGUCAUUCAAGAAAGCUUUGAUGUAUCAGAGGAUGAAAAGCGGCUGCACCAAGUCAGGGCGUUUCUGGAGCAGAAACAGCUCGGUGGAGCGCCGCGGGGAAAUCUCGCGUUGUCAAGGAUUCUUCGGCUGGGCCGAGAUCCAGAUCGGUACAGAGAUCCGCUUGACCAUGGCCCUGCCGCGCUGGAGAUGCUCUUGAAGGAUGCAGUUGUUCGAGAAUUCCUUCACGAAGAAGAGCCAGAGGAGAAUCGACAGAGAGAAACUACGAUGCCUGAGGGAGCCGCCCAGGAGACAGUUCAACCCAGUUGGAUCUCGCGCCUGUGGAACAAGACUACGACGCUCGUCAUGCGCAGGGAACCGAACCCAUUUUACUCCAAGCUGAAAUUCUCCCGCGCCUACGAAGAACUAGAUCCCCGAACCAUGGCCCAAGAAGUGGUUUCGGCGGCGGAGCAAAGGAAAAUAGCCCAACGGGAAUUUCUUGUGAAGCAUCCCAACUAUAACAAAUCGUUGUUCCUCUUCCACCCAGAUCACCCGGUCCGGAAAUCCUGUCAGCGCAUCGUCGGGCCCGGGCGCGGUCACCAGCGAGUUGAAGGCGUGGAUCCGUAUAAGCCACUGUGGUACUCAUUUUCGGCUUUCAUCUACGCAGCCAUCGUUGCCAUGGUGCUUCUCGCAUGUAUCACAACGCCUUUGUACCAGAAGAAGUACUUUCAGACCAACCGCAAUUGGUUUGUCUAUACUGACUUGAGCUUUGCCGUCGUUUUCACUGCCGAGGCGACUAUAAAAGUCAUUGCGGAUGGCUUCUUUUGGACCCCGAAUGCGUUCUUCCGAAGUUCAUGGGGCUUUAUCGAUGGCGUCGUGUUGAUCACUCUCUGGAUCAAUGUCGGCAGCUCACUCAGUGAAGACUGGGGGGUUUCCAGAGCCAUUGGUGCCUUUAAAGCACUGAGAGCACUGCGACUGUUGAACGUAAGCGACAGCGCCAAAGACACAUUCCACUCUGUCAUCAUUGUCGGAGGGUGGAAGGUUAUUGCUGCCGCGGCCGUCUCUAUGAGCUUUCUGGUCCCAUUUGCCAUUUAUGGACUCAACUUGUUCAACGGGCAGAUGGUUAGCUGCAACGAUGAGGACUUCGUGGGUAACCUGACGGCGUGUGUCAACGAAUACACCAGCUCGCCUUUCAAUUGGGACGUGCUUGCUCCGCGCGUUGCUGAUAACCCGUACUAUGACUUUGAUAAUUUUGGCGACUCCCUCUUCAUUCUUUUCCAGAUUGUAUCUCAGGAAGGCUGGACCGAUGUCCAAGAGAGUGCCAUGAAAAUCACCGGAAAGGGUUGGCAGCCGCAGGACUCGGCAGCACCGGAAAAUGGGCUGUUUUUCGUCGUGUUCAAUUUACUCGGAGCCGUGUUUGUCUUAACGCUGUUUGUGUCUGUGUUCAUGCGCAACUACACGGAACAGACCGGCGUUGCCUUCUUGACCGCUGAGCAGCGGUCCUGGCUGGAACUGCGCAAGCUCCUCCGGCAAAUUUCGCCGUCCAAGCGGUCCUUCCAUGACAAGAGCAAGAAGUGGAAAAUGUGGUGUUAUCGAGUCGCAGUCAAAAAACACGGCCGAUGGGCGCGAUUUGUGACUGGAAUUCUCAUAGUGCAUCUCCUCUUACUGAUGCUGGAGUUUUCGCCUGAACCCCCGGCGUGGGAGUUGACCCGAAGCCUUCUACUCUUUUUAUUCAUGUUUGUCUAUGCGGCCCAUGUCAUCAUUCGAAUCAUCGGUCUGGGGUGGCAUCGAUUCAGUCGAAGUUCGUGGGACAUCUAUGCCCUUCUGGUUGUUCCUGGCGCUUUCGUCACAACCAUCCUGGACCUUGGGUAUCGAAGCCACAUUGCAAUCAUUCUGAACAAGCUCUUUCUUGUGGCGAUUACGCUGUUACUCAUCCCCCGAAACAACCAGCUGGAUCAGCUCUUCAAGACGGCCGCAGCCAGUCUGUCGGUAAUUGGGAAUUUGCUCGCCACCUGGUUCGUGCUGUUCUUGGUGUAUGGCAUCGCAAUGAACCAAGCGUUUGGCCUCACCAAAUUCGGCCAGGGCGAGAAUCACAAUACCAAUUUCCGUGACGUGUCCAAGUCCCUUAUCCUGCUCUUUCGCGCUAGUUGCGGAGAGGGAUGGAACCAGAUCAUGGAAGACUUUGCCACCAUGGCACCGCCCAUGUGCAACUACGAUAAUAAUUUCUUCAACGAUGACUGCGGUAGCGCGGCGUGGGCUCGGACUUUGUUCAUAUCAUGGAACAUCAUCAGCAUGUACAUCUUCGUCUCGCUGUUCGUCUCGCUCAUUUUCGAGAGUUUCUCGUACGUUUAUCAACGGAGCAGCGGGCUGUAUGCCGUCAGCCGUGAGGAGAUCCGCCGGUUCAAGCAAGCGUGGGCCACAUACGAUCCAGACGGAACGGGGUUCAUCACCAAAGAGCAGUUCCCUCGACUUCUCGGGGAACUUUCCGGCGUAUUCACUAUGCGAAUCUAUGAAGGGGAAUUUUCGAUCGGAAGCAUUUUGGAACAAUGUCGCCUGGACCCGCGCGACUCUACACCUGUGCACCCCAUGGUGUCCACUGGGGUUGAUAUCAAGGAGCUGUCUCGCAUCAUCCAGCGCAUUCCCGUUGAUAACAUUCGGGAGCGACGCCGAAGGCUCAACGCCUUCUACGAAGAAGUGCUUGUCUCGGCGGACCCAGAACGCGGCAUCUCGUUCCAUAUGUGUCUGAUGAUUCUCGCUCACUACAAUGUCAUCAGUGACAGUAAAAGUUUGCGAUUGGAGGAAUUCCUGCGGCGCCGUGCACGACUACAGCGUGUGGAGGAGGCCGUCCGCCGCAGCACUGUGAUCGGAUUCUUUGACACGUUAUACUGGUCACGAGAGUUCCGGCGCCGGAUCGACCGGCGGAAGUCUGGCCGGAUGAGCAUCGUGCCACAAUUCACGGUGCCCGAGAUCUUUGUCGACGACCCCGGGGAUUCCGACGGUGCUGAGAAGCCUGCACCCGGCACGAUGACCCCGCAAACCCAGCCCGAUCUCAAUGGGACGGUGCCGCCCAUGCUCUCACCGGCAUCGCAUCGGCGGGUCGAGUCGAGCCCGACCGGCCGGCGGAGCGAUCUGCCUCCUAUCGACACCAACUUGGUCGGGCGAUCCUCCGGCGGCAGCACCCCAACGGAGUGGUCCAGUAUUAGCCCGUCGCGCACCCCACGACGCAUGUACGGCGAGCGCGGGUCGUUCGAUGCGAGCGAACCGCGGUCGUCGCACUCGGGGCCCGACCACUCGCGCCACAAUAGCGCCAUGAGCGUACAGGGAGUUAUGGAUUCGCUGGACAACUCCGCCUGGGGCGAGAGUCUCCGGCGCAGCUUCACGCAACGGCGACCCGACCGGUCAUCUGACCACAGCCAAUGA